UUUAUGCAAGAAGAUUCAGAAAUUUGCAUUUUCCUAUGCCCUUUGUACCAGGCAGAGGUUUCUUAAGUAAAAGGUUAAAAUUCAAUACAUAACUCCACAAGCUAAAAUAUAAAUGCUUAAUUCAUUUUGUUAACUUAACUCUAAAAAUCUCUGUUUCAGUCUGACCAAGAUAUUCGUUUUUGACCAAGAUAUUAGUUUUACCAGCAUUGCUCAGGCUCACAGACUUUAGGGCUGAGAUAACCCAUUGCACACAGGACAAAGCUCGGUGCGGUAAACCGAAAGGACUUCCCCAAGAUUUCAUUAAACACAACUUGUUACAACUUUUUUUAACAACACCGAGACAGCCAACGCUCCUGCCCAGACGGCCCCGAGAAGGAGGAAGCUGGAGAGAGCGGAAGGAUGAUUCUCCCUUGCAAAGGGGAGGAGGCAGCAGCUUUUACCCGCGGGGUGUUCCCGUCACUUCCCGCAUUCAGUUUCGUUUCCCAGCAGAGCCCUCCCUCUCAGCCCCGCCCGGAGCUGGAGCCAUGGCGCAGGCAAAGGCUAUGUCCGGGCUGAAGGAAGAGCUGACCUGUCCCAUCUGCCUGGACAUCUACAAGGACCCCAUGACCGUGGGCUGCAGCCACAGCUUCUGCAGGACCUGCAUCAAGCAGGUGCUGCGGGGCCAGCAGAGCGCUGCCCGGUGCCCGCUGUGCCACUCGCCCGUCGGGGAGCUGCGGCCCAACUUCCACCUCCGCAACAUUGUGCAGAAGUUCCUGGAAGCUCCCGCGCACCAAGAGGAGGAAAAGCAGGAAGAGCAAGGCAGGGAGAAGGGGGAAAGCUCGGGCCAGCCAGAGGAGGUGGUCCUGUGUGAUUCCUGCCUCCAGGAGCCGCAGCCCGCAGUGAAGACGUGCCUGAGCUGCGAAGCCUCGCUGUGCCAAGCGCACCUGAGCAGGCACAACAGCAAGAACGACCAGAAGAACCAUGUGCUGGUGGAGCCCUGCGAUGGCCAGCUUUUGGCUGAGAGGAGAUGCCCCCAGCACGGCAAACUGCUGGAGUGCUUCUGUGAGAGUGACUGGCAGUGCAUCUGCGUCCUGUGCUCCGUCAUCUCCCACAAGAACCACAAGAUCAUCAGCUUGGAGGAGGCUUUCAACGAAGCCCAGGUAUCUUUUCCUGGUACUCUGGAAACACUGAAAAACCAUGAAGCUGCAGUGGAUGAAGCCAUAGCAAACCUGCUGAAACAAAAGGAGGGGCUAAAGACUGAUCAGAGCCAGCGGAGGGAACAAUUGGAGAGCCUGUUCAAGGAGAUGUAUAUGGAGCUAGAGAAGAAAAAGGGGGAAGUCCUGAAAGUUCUCAGUGACUAUGAGGAGGAACAACUUUCCAAGAUUCAGGCAGAGGUGAAUGAUCACAAGGGGAUGAAGGAUUUGGCCAGCCAGGAUGUUCAGGAGCUGGAGGCUCUGAGAAAUCAGAAGGACACGCUUCUUUUCACCAAGGCUUUUGCAGCGAUUAAAGGCAGGAAAUGCAAGCCACUUCCUAACAUGGAUGGUGUGAGGCUGCCAAAGCCACUCAUUACUUUGGAUAAAUCAGCAACAGAUGCUAUUCUGAGAUUUUUCCAGCAAUUCCUGUCAAAGAUGGAGAACUCCUUUAAGCAGCCAUCACCUAGGGAAUGCAAACCAGCAGCUACUGGUAUCAGGAGGCUGACAGGACUGCACAGCCAAGAUAAGGAUGGCAGGUCAGUGCCACGUGGCCAGGAUCGGGAUGGCAGGUCAAUGCCACAUGGCCAGGAUUGGGAUGACUGGUCAAUGCCACAUGGCCAGGAUUGGGAUGACUGGUCAAUGCCACGUGGCCAGGAUCGGAAUGGCAGGUCAAUGCCACAUGGCCAGGAUCGGGAUGACUGGUCAAUGCCACAUGGCCAGGAUCGGGAUGGCAGGUCAGUGCCACAUGGCCAGGAUCGGAAUGGCAGGUCAGUGCCACAUGGCCAGGAUCGGGAUGGCAGGUCAGUGCCACAUGGCCAGGAUCGGGAUGGCAGGUCAGUGCCACGUGGCCAGGAUCGGGAUGGCAGGUCAAUGCCACAUGGCCAGGAUUGGGAUGACUGGUCAAUGCCACAUGGCCAGGAUUGGGAUGACUGGUCAGUGCCACGUGGCCAGGAUCGGAAUGGCAGGUCAGUGCCACGUUACCAUAUCCCGGAUGACUGGUAGCGCCGCGUGGCCGUCUCAGCGCGCAUCACGAAGGCCGUUCGUGUAGGCGGUUUUAGCCAGCCGUUCUGCGGACAGAAGGACAAAAGUGGCGGUCGCGGCUUUUCUUUUUUCAGCACCCCUCAUGAAGAAAAGGCACAGACCGGAGGCAGCAGCCAGCAUGGCUUGCGUGGUGCUGGCAGCAAGAGACACAGCAAUUCCCCCAGACAAGAUCAACCUUUCAGCGCUGCAGAACUCUAUAAAAAAUGUUUCAGUUGAUAAAGCUUGAGAGCAAACAAACCUACGAACACCAAUUCCCUCCCGAAUCAGAAAAAGAAAAGGGUGGAGACACGUAGAGACAAAAACAUGGAGACACCAAAGUCAGUGAAGGAGUCAAAUCCCAGAUGGAAGGAGAUUGAGGAGAUGCCUUAAUCUUGGGCUGAAAUUCUCUUGUAAGGCUAUGGUGAAGGUAUAAUUGAUACAUCAGACUUCUUUUUCCCCUGUAACUCAUGGAAUGCAUUGGGGAGGUGUAGUGUUCUAACCACAGCCGUGAGCAGAGGCACCCAUGUUGAAGCAAGCAGAUGUUGGAGUAGCUGUGAUCCAAUGAGAAGCUUGAGCAAAGAGAGAUGGGAAACCUUGCCCCAGGGAUAGGAGAAAACCUCUGUUUCCAGAGAUAAAAGUUUCUAUACUAGAGCAGCUCAUCCUUAAAAUUUCACCCCAAUAAGCUGAAACGGCCCAUGUUGGUAGUUGUGGAAAGACUACAUAACCAAUGGGAGGGACUUCACAAUUGCAGCUUCCCAGCUGGCUGCUAUUCGUGAAAAUUAAACCACGAGAAAACUGUUUCUUGUGGAGAAGUCUCCAUGCAUGGCAAGAGAGACUGUACCUAAAUGAACUGAAAAAAGACUAUUUUAGAGGUGGUAAACUGACUGAAAGUUCCAGGUUGUGUCUCUUUAUGUUGUCAGUGGGAAAGGAAAGAACAGUUGGAGGAGGAGAAGUGUUCUGAAGGUUGAUUCUGAUUCCUUAUUUUUCUUUUAGUUCUGUUAAUAAAGUUUUCUUUAUACCCUUAAAA